UUGGAAGGAAAAAACUUGGUGCAUACUUUGAAAUCCUGAAAAGUUGUUUGUGUAGCUUCUUUUGUAUCUCUGUAGGACCGUAGUAACAUAGUAACAUCCGUGAAUUGUGAUAAUUUUGUAUCAUGCUGUUCAAUCUUCUGUUUGUUCUUCACAUCUUUUGCUAGGUCCCCCAUUAUAAUGUUAAAGAGAAGUAAACAAGAGUGGGAAUGCUCAGAUCGUUUCUUAUCUAGAAUAGAAGGUUCUUCACACGAUAUUUAUGGAAGGUUCAUAAGGAGCUGUCUUUUGCAGGAUAAGACGUUUCCCUGCUACUCCAGCUUCACUGAUUUUCUUCUUAAACGAUGUUUUCCUUUUUUAAACAGUCAAUAAUAGAUAAAUUGCAUUGAUUACAUUUUACGUGGAAAUUUCCAGUAGACGCAGAGGUAGAAGAAAAGCACAAUGAUUGUCGAUGUCUCGGCUUCGAUAGUUGUAAACACUGAACCAAUUCUGUCUCAUCUACCAGCCUGCCGUGAACCGGCUACGGUAUUGCUAAGAAGACGCCAAGCGCCGUGUCACUCAGCCCACAAUGACACCUGCGUGGACCUCGGGCACCCAGCCCUUUCCGUGAAAGACACACCCGCCAUCCCGACACCACACGCAGCCAACAGCCCAGGACGAGACAGCCGGGCCUGCUCCCUCCCAGCGCUUUCCGCGCUGCUGUGCUGCCACUUCAGCGCCCUCCCAGCCCACGUCCUCUGGAGCCCCUGGGGGGCGGAGAGAAGGGUGGAUGGGGAUGUGUAGACGCUGCAGGGGCAGCGGGACAAACCCUGGUGUCAGCAGCGGAGUUUCCAUCGGUCCCACCAAGGGAGCCGCUCUGCCAGGGCCGACACGACACGCCGGCCCGGACGUGGGUCCCCUAGGGACGGUUUAGCCCCGGGUUCCCCAAGAACCUGCUUUGCGUGGGGGCGAGGGGGCGGCCGCCUGUCCCCGUGGCGCCUGGCUUCCCGAGACCAGGGGCGCCCUGCACCGGGUCACGGCAGUGGGAGAAGCCGCCCGCCCGGGCUCCGGGGAGCUCCUCGGGCGUUUCUAGUGAAGCAGGGGACUCCACGUUGUCCGAACGCCAGGUCCUCCCAGCUUCCUCUGUGGAUUCCACACAGCCCCGACAGAAAGCUCAGGAAGCUGUUUUGUGGACACCAGCAAGCGAACGCUAGCAGCGUGCGGAGAGACAAAAGGCCCCCAGGAGGCAGCACCGUCUCGGAGGAGCAGACCGGGGCCGGAGGGCUGACACUGUCCAACUUCCAGGCAGACGGCGGGAGCUCGGUGCCCGGACGUGGAGGUGUCCGUGAAGGGCGACGCGACAGAACAGGACGCACGGAAAAUAGACUCGCGCAAGUCCAGGCGACGACGCAGCUUUGCCAAAGGAUGCCCCAGCUGAGCCUGUCCUGGCUGGGCCUGGGGCCCGCGGCCGCCUCCCCGUGGCUGCUGCUGCUGCUGCUCGGGGCCUCCUGGCUCCUGGCCCGCGUCCUGGCCUGGGCCUGCGCCUUCCACGCCACCUGCCGCCGCCUCCGCUGCUUCCCGCAGCCUCCGGCACGGAACUGGUUGUUGGGUCACCAGGGCCUGGUCACCCCCACGGAGGAGAGCUUGAGGAAUGUGACUGAGCUGGUGGCCACCUACCCCCAGGGCUUUAAGUUCUGGCUGGGCCCCGUCAUCCCUGUCAUCAACGUUUGCCACCCCGACAUCCUCCGGCCUGUCCUGAAUGCCUCAGCCGCCAUCGUACGGAAGGACGAUAUCUUCUUCAGCUUCAUAAAGCCCUGGCUGGGGGAGGGGCUCCUGCUGAGCGCCGGUGACAAGUGGAGCCGCCACCGCCGCAUGCUGACGCCCGCCUUCCACUUCAACAUCCUGAAGCCCUACGUGAAGAUUUUCAACGGGAGCGUGAACAUCAUGCUCGCCAAGUGGCAGCGCCUGGCCUCGGAGGGCAUCGCCCGUCUGGACAUGUUCGAGCACAUCAGCCUCAUGACCUUGGACAGUCUGCAGAAAUGCAUCUUCAGCUUCGACAGCCAUUGCCAGGAGAAGCCCAGUGAGUACAUCGCCGCCAUCCUGGAGCUCAGCGCCCUGAUCGAGAAGAGAAGCCAGAACAUCCUGCUGUACUCGGACUUCCCGUACUCUCUCACCCGCGACGGGCGGCGCUUCCGCCAGGCCUGCCGCCUGGUGCACGACUUCACGGACGCCGUCAUCCAGGAGCGGCGCCGCGCCCUCCCCGGCCAGGGCGCCGACGACUCCCUCAAGGCCAAGGCCAAGGCCAAGACUCUGGACUUCAUCGACGUGCUCCUGCUGAGCAAGGAUGAAGAUGGAAAGCAGCUGUCAGAUGAGGACAUACGAGCAGAGGCUGACACCUUCAUGUUUGCAGGCCACGACAGCACGGCCAGCGGUCUCUCCUGGGUCCUGUACAACCUCGCGAGGCACCCGGAGCACCAGGAGCGCUGCCGGCAGGAGGUGCGGGAGCUGCUGAGGGGCCGUGAUCCCGCAGAGAUUGAGUGGGACGACCUGGCCCAACUGCCCUUCCUGACCAUGUGCAUUAAGGAGAGCCUGCGGCUGCACCCUCCAGCACCAAUGAUCUCCCGACGCUGCACCCAGGACAUUGUGCUCCCGGAUGGCCGGGUCAUCCCCAAAGGUGUCAUCUGCCUCAUCAAUAUAUUAGGGACCCAUCACAACCCAGCUGUGUGGCCGGACCCCGAGGUGUAUGACCCCUCCCGCUUUGACCCAGAAAACGCCAAGGAGCGGUCGCCUCUGGCUUUCGUUCCCUUCUCGGCAGGGCCCAGAUUCCCGGGGAAUAAAACCGUGCUGUCACCUCUGCCCAGGCCUGGCCAACAGCUGGCAGGGGACGCUUGGGGACUGCGGGACCCAGGGGCUGGGGGCUCCGAGCUGGACACCCUGACCGCCUCUCUGGCUGAGCACUGCGCUCCUGUGCCAGUCGCUGCCUCUCUCAGACCCCAAGUAUGGACUCUACUCUUCAGGUGAUAGGGAGCCAUGGGAGGUGUUUGAGCAAGAGAGGGACCAGGGUUAAGGACAAAUUGAAGGGGCAAGAUUGAGGCUCUGAGGUAAGGAGAAGAACUCCUAGAGAUAGAUCCCUUCAUCUCGGCUGGGGGUGACCCCGGCCCCCCCGAGACAGAGCCCCCUGCCCAGCACAGAACACAGGGGAGAGGGGCCGGCACCUUCCACCUGGCAGCCUCUCUGAGAUUGUUGGUCCCUUCCUGCUCUGGCCAACGUCCCACCCCUGUGCCUGCCCCUCCCCUGUGGUCCCACCUGUGACCCCUUCCCUCACCUGUCUUAUUAUGGGCUGUCUCUUAUUAUGGACUGUCUUAAUAUGGGCUGUUGGUACAUGCGAUGUUGGCAUGGUGGGUGUGUCUUUCACGGAAAGGGCUGGGUGCCCGAGGUCCACGCGGGCGCCAUCGUGGGCUGAGUGACACGGCGCUUGGCAUUUUCUUAGCAAUACCGUAGCCGAUUCACGGCAGGCUUGUAGAUGAGGCAGAAUUGGUCCAGCGUUUACAACUAUCGAAGCCGAGACAUCGACAAUCAUUGUGCUUUUCUUCUACUUCUGCGUCUACUGGAAAUUUCCACAUAAAAUGCAAUCAAUGCAAUUUAUCUAUUAUUAACUGCUUAAAAAGGAAAACAUCGCUUAAGAAGAAAAUCAGUGAAGUUGGAGGAGGAACUCCAAGGACAUUCCAAGGAAAUGUCUUAGCCUGCAAAAGACAGCUCCUUAUGAACCUUCCAUAAAUAUAGCGCUUGGCAGUGAAAUGUGAAGAACCUUCUAUUCUAGAUAAGAAACGUGCUAUGGAGCCUACACAACUGUGCAAUGAAACCAGAAGACCUGGGGGGAUGACUUGUAAAAACGGCGGGGAAAUAUCACACAAGUGAAAUAUAAACAUGCAAACAGCUCCUUGUACAUAAACAGCGUUGGUCUAAGCGGAAA